GGAAGAAAGAUGAUGUCGUGUCGAAGGUUUGCUCAGGUGUCCUCGAGUGAUGAAGAAGAGGACUUUGUAGCGGAGACGAGGUCUCAGGGACAGGACUCAAGGAGACCUGAGGAAACAAUGGAUGGAAAGAGGAGGAAGCGUAAGAAGGUGAGCCUGUACGAAGAGUCUUAUGAUGAUGAUGAGGAAGGGAAGAAGAAAAAGAAAGAUGACACCGCCGAUGAUGUGAAACCGGUUGGUGAGCCGGUUAAAGUUACGGAUAAAGGAACCCAUUACGGGCAGUUCGAGUACGGCGGCAACAGAUACGAGCUGGAGGAUUCGGUGCUGUUGUAUUUAGACGACAAUAGCCUAGAGCCUUAUAUUGCCAUUAUCAAGGAUAUAACGCAAAAACAAGAUGGAAGCAUGACGAUUCUUGGACAAUGGUUUUAUCGUCAAGAAGAAGCAAAGAAAAAGGAUGGUGGAAACUGGGAAACAAAUGAUACACAAGAACUGUUCUACAGUUUCCAUCGUGAUGAGGUCCCAGCAGAAUCUGUGAUGCGUAGAUGUGUGGUGUAUUUUGUACCAGCUCAUAAGCAACUUCCGAAACACAAGGAUAAGCCUUGUUUUAUCGUGCGAAAGGUGUAUGAUACUAUUGAAAAGAAGCUGUGGAAGUUUACUGAUAAGGAUUAUGAACUUUCAAAACAACACGAAAUUGACCUCUUUGUGGAGAAGUCAAUGCCGCGAUUGGGUGAUCCUGACCUUGAAACCGAGGAAGAUGUAGAGAAGGCUAAAAGAUCUUCUCAGAAAGUAAACAUACCUCCUGUUGAUGUUAGAAAGGAUGAAGAUGCCUUUCCUAUUUCGUCAGAGUAUCAUUCUAUCUUAGACAAGUUUUAUUCACUAACAGAUGAUUCUCAUCGUAACAAGUGUUUGGAGAAGCUUCUGAAAGCAGUCCAGAACAUAUGCUUUAACGCUGGUGAUGAAACAAACGUGGGUUCACAUGGAACCCAUCUUGAACAGGCUGAGAAUGGAUCUCGCGAGAAUCCAUUAAAGCAUGAGAGUUUUCUCUGGCCAGAUGCUGCUGUUUCUCCCGUGUGUGCCCUUGAGCUGGCUUUAUAUGUUUCUCUUGCAUCAGAUUAUUCUAAAUACAAUCAAAGGAUAAGGACAUUGGCAUUCAAUCUCAAGAACACUGCACUGCUAGCUAAACGACUGCUCAAUGGAGAGUUAGAACCUGAAAAGAUUUUGAACAUGUCACCUACUGAAUUAAAGGAGGGUCUAACUGAUGAGGAAACAGGGACGAAUGAUCCUGAUGAUGGGGAACGAAUGCAGAUGACUGAUGUAAGAUGCUCGAGAUGCAGUCAAAUUAAAGUUGGCCAGACGGGUAUCUUUCUAGCUGGGCAUGGAGAUCGCUAUCAGCUGGAGUGUAUUGCCUGUGGAAAUUCAUGGUACGCCUCAAGGGAUGAUGUAUUAACCAAUCCUUGUGAAGGUUGA